GGCUAGUUUGUUGUGUCUAAUUACAGCUAGUUACAAGCGUGGAUGGUGAUCCAGGAAAACAGAGAGCCACACCAUCUGCAUCAAGCCAGGGGGAGGAAACUGCUACUUCACCCUCUCAGGCUUGCCAGAUGUGAAUUUGCACAAUGAUUGAUAACAAAGAGUUGGCAGAGGAGAAGGACGUCGGGAAUCAUCACCAAACUGACCAGGCAGCAUCUUCGUCAGUGAAGACUAAGAAUGACAGUAACAGGAAACGGAAGACUGUCUCUGAGCAGAAGGGACAAGAAAAGGAGAAGAAACCAAGAGCAGAAGCUCUGAGCAGCCAGUGGGAGGAAGCUCAGCGAAAGGACCAGCCCCCUGCGUUAAAAGAGAAGAGGAGACAGUCGAGGUCCAAGGAGAAGCCAUUGCAAGAAAACGUCAUAAGCAGAAGCUCUCUAAAGCAAGAGGAGGCCGCUGAGAAUGAAAUCUCCAGCCAAAAGCUGGAAGAAAAGUCGGAAGCUCCAGAGGAGGAGAAGGCCAAGCACAGACAGGUGGAGACUGAGUCCAUCCCAACCAGAAUUCCAGCUUCAGGGCAAGAGAGCGCUCCCAGAGUCCUUGAGACGGCUGCCGACGGUCCGGAUUGUAACGACCAGGAAGUUUCUCAUCCGAGGGAGCAGGAGGGUGAAGAGGACCAGCCCAGGGAGGGGAGCGCUGAAAGAUCAGCGCAUGCCCCAAAGAAAGUGAGAACUGGCCCUGAAGGGAAACUCCUGGUGACUGAUGACAGAGACCUGGUUCCAAGACACCAAGAAACAAAACCCAAUGGGGUUGGUGGUGAGAACGCGGCGUUCUCUGGAGAUCUGGAUGGUUCAACGGAUGAAGUGGACAUUACAGCCAAAGGCAGCAUGAAAGGGGAAACCACUGAGCGGGAGCCAGGUUCAUUCAUCCCUGAGGGGCACAGAGAGGAGAAACGAGUCAAAGACCGGAAAAGAAAAAGGGAAGAGGAAAAGGAGAGAGGGAACAGGGAGCAGAAGGAAAUGGAAGUGAGGAAGAAAGAGAUCAAAGAGAAGGGGAAAUGUGAACUAAAAGAAAGUAAAGGGGGCAUGAGUAAGAAAGAGGAACCUAAAAAGGAAAGGGAGGGAAAGGACCAGGAGAAGAGAGACGGUGCAGAGCCCAGCAAAUCCAAGCGGGAGAAGGGAAUCACUGAAGCCAUCUCCGGAAAAGGCGAAGGGCCGGAGAUGGGAAUGCAAGAGGGUAGCCCUAGGUUGAAAAGAGCAAAGGAGCCCAAGCAGAUGGAGAGUGGGGAUGAUGCAGAGGGAUUGGAUCGGGGGGCUGGUGAUCGAAGGGAAAAGGAAAAGCAAGGGAGUGAGACAGCAGGGGAGGCGGAGAACAGGGCCAAUACAGGGGAGGGUGAAAUACAGACAGAGAGAGGAAAGAACAGAACAGAAGACAGAGAAAGGGCAGAGGGAGAACCUGCCCCACGGCCAGCAAGAACAGCAGAGGAUGGGGAGAAAAGGGAAGGUAAAGACACAGAGGGAGAGAAAAAGAAUGUCAAAGCAAAUAAGGAAGUGAAGGCAGGGAAGAACCAGAAAGAGAAAGGGCAGGAAAAGAGAGAAGAAAAGAUAAAGGAAGCGAAAAACAAGAGGGAGAAAAGGGAAGGAGAGAAGAACAAAGAGAGUGAAGAAAAGACGGGAAGGAAAAAACCACAGAAGGAUAAAAGGGUGAAAGAUGAGCAAGAAAUGGAAAGGGCAGAAGAUGGGGCUGUCGAAGAACAAGAGGGAAGGGAUGAGACAGAGAAUGAGAAAAGGGAUGAUGUGGAGGAAGAGAGGAAAAGAAACAAAAGAAUGAAGGAUGAAAAAGAAAUUAAGGAAGAGGAGGAGGAUGAACAAGAGGGAGAAGGAUGGGAAAGGAAUGAAAGGAUGGGAGGUGAACAGGAAAUGGAGGAAAAGGAAGAUGAAAUGGAGAAAGAGGAGACAAGGGAAACAAAGGAGAAACAAGGAAAGGAGACGAACCAGGCCAAGAAAAAAAACAAGGAGAGAAAAGCAAAGGAUGAAAAUAAACGCACAGAAGAGAAGGGAAGAAAGAGCAAAGAGAAAUCCAAGGAGGUGGAGAAUGAGGGGGGAUCGAGGAAAAGGAAAAGCAAAGAGGAAGGAGACAAGAAGAAAAACAAGAAAUUAAAGAAGGAGGAAGAUGAGAAGGAAAAGAAGAAAGAGGAAAACAAGUGGAAGUGGUGGGAAGAGGAGAAGACAGACGAUGGGGUGAAAUGGAAACAGCUGGAACACAAAGGCCCCUACUUUGCCCCUCUCUACGAGCCACUCCCUGACGAUGUCAAGUUCUAUUACGAUGGCAAACCCAUGAAGCUGAAUGCGGCCACAGAGGAAAUUGCCACCUUCUAUGCAAAAAUGCUAGAUCACGAAUAUACAACCAAGGAGAUUUUCCAGAACAACUUCUUCCACGACUGGAGAAAGGAAAUGACCUCGGAGGAGCGGAAGAAGAUAAAGCAUCUGGAGAAGUGCGACUUCAAAGAGAUACACAAGUACUUUGUGGACAAAAAUGAGGCCCGGAAAGCUUUGCCCAAAGAGGAGAAACAGAAACUGAAGGAGGAGACAGAUAAGAUCCAGGAGGAGUAUGGGUACUGCAUCCUCGACGGGCAUCGGGAAAAAAUAGGCAACUUCAAAACUGAGCCCCCGGGGCUGUUCCGUGGGCGCGGGGACCACCCUAAAAUGGGCAUGCUGAAGAAGAGGAUCAUGCCAGAGGACGUCAUCAUAAACUGCAGCAAGGACUCUCAAACCCCCGAGCCUCCAUCGGGUCACAAGUGGAAGGAAGUGCGCUGUGACAACACCGUGACGUGGCUGGCUUCGUGGACCGAGAACAUCCAGAACUCGAUUAAGUACAUCAUGCUGAACCCGAGUUCCAAACUAAAGGGAGAGAAGGACUGGCAGAAAUAUGAAGUAGCCAGACGUUUAAAAGAUGUAGUUGACAAGAUCCGCUCCCAAUACCGUGCAGACUGGAAAUCCAGGGAGAUGAAGAAACGGCAAAGAUCCGUGGCCCUUUACUUCAUUGACAAGCUGGCCCUGAGAGCCGGUAACGAGAAGGAAGAAGGGGAGACUGCAGACACGGUUGGCUGCUGCUCGCUGCGUGUUGAGCACAUUAAGCUGCACCCAGAGCUGGACGGGCAGGAGCACGUUGUGGAGUUUGACUUCCUGGGGAAAGACUCGAUCCGGUAUUACAACAAAGUGCCUGUGGAGAAACCGGUGUUCAAGAACUUGCAGUUAUUCAUGGAGAACAAAGACCCAGGGGACGACCUCUUUGACAGGCUGAAUACAACAGUCUUGAACAAACACCUUCAGGAUUUGAUGGACGGGCUGACAGCCAAGGUGUUCAGAACUUACAACGCUUCCAUCACUCUGCAGGAGCAGCUGAAAGCGCUCACGAAUGGUGAGGACAACGUGGCAGCGAAACUCCUCUCCUACAACCGAGCCAACCGAGCAGUGGCCAUUCUGUGUAACCAUCAGAGAGCCACGCCCAAGAGCUUUGAGAAGUCGAUGCAGAACCUCCAGGCCAAGAUUGACGCCAAGAAGGAACAGCUGGCCGAGGCGCAGAUGGAGUUGAAGAGAGCCAAGGCUGAUCUCAAAGCCAAAAAGGAUGUGAAAUCUAAAGCCGCCGUGGAGAAGAAAAAGAAGCUGCUGGAGAAGCUCCAAGAACAGCUGCUGAAGCUGAACGUUCAAGCCACGGACAAAGAGGAAAACAAGCAGAUUGCUCUGGGCACAUCCAAGCUGAACUAUCUGGAUCCCAGGAUUAGUGUGGCCUGGUGUAAGAAGUUUGGAGUGCCCAUCGAGAAGAUUUACAAUAAGACCCAGAGGGAGAAGUUUGCGUGGGCAAUUGACAUGGCUGACGAAGACUUUGAGUUCUGAGAAUGGGGCUUCCCACAGAGAAACAGAACCCAUGUUACCUCUUGCUCUUCUGGUAGCUUUGGAAGUUUUUAUGUAUUGGGGAAAAUACGCGUAAUGGAGGAAUUUGAUAUGUGCACAUCAUGUCUUUUUUGUGUAAAAAGAACACCCCGAGUUUAAAUCGGGAGCAAAGGUACCACUCCCAGUGGUACUAAUCCUGACCACAGUGGCCUUAAAUAUGAACUUUCAGUUCCUUCUC